GGAGGAGGACCGUCACCCAUGUUGUGUUGGUGCAGCGUCUCCUGGCCCUACUGAGAGACGAGUGAGGACCAUACCGGGCCGACUUAACUAUGAAACGAGGAGCAGAUAGAGACUUGUCUCCAUCAAGUAAGAGAUCAAGAUCGAGUGUUGGACGUUACGAAGACAGCAGUGAGGAUGAAGGACGCCGCAGCAGUCGUGGUGGCAGUCCUGGGCGUCGCUAUCCCCCACCCGAGCCUCUGCACCGCUCUGACCGGGAUGAUUUUGGCCGGGGCCCUCGCGGCCCUCCCCCACCCUCGUACAAGGUACUGUGUGUCUCCAACCUCCAUGCCAAGGCAAGUGAUGAGAUGGUAAGAGAAGCUCUGUAUCGUGAGUUUAAGAGGUUUGGAGACGUGAGUGUUAAAGUUUCACUGGGUGCGGACGAGCGGCUGGCCUAUGUCUACUUCAGAAGCAGUGAGGAAGCGAGGGAAGCCAAGCACAGCAAGCCUAGGAUCCUCUUCUAUGAUAGACCUGUUGUUGUUGAACCUAUGUAUGAGGCAGCCAGGGACUAUGGGCCUCCCAGAGGUCGGUCUCGUAGCCCACCAGACUAUGAUCGUGGUUACAGGCCUAGAAGUCCACCAGGUCCGGACUUGGAGGAGCGUUAUGAACCUAGGUUUGACCGCCGCAGGCCUCCUCCUCUACCCCACAGUGAUUAUUAUGGUGAAGGUCCCCCAAUGCGACAGGAUGAUUAUGGGUAUCGGCAGCACCGAGGACGUGGAGGGCCCCAUGGGCAUUAUGGUCCCCUGAUGCGUGGGGGAUUUAAGCACAAUUUUGGCAGUCGUGGAGGUGGUGGUGGUGGAGGAGGUGGCGGCGGUGGAGGGGGCGGAGGAGGAGGUGGUGGCGGUGGUGGCGGCGGUGGAGGCGGCAUGAUUGACAGCAAAAGAGACAAGUUUCCUAACUAUUUACAUCAUGUACCCCCUGAGGAGGACCCACUGGCAACUCGUACUUUGUUUGCUGGCAAUCUCGAGAUAAACAUAAGUGAAGAAGAGCUGCGACGUAUCUUUGGACGGUACGGUGUUGUGGAUGACAUAGACAUUAAACGGCCACCACCUGGUACUGGUAAUGCUUAUGCCUUUGUGAGGUUUCAGAAUUUGGAUAUGGCCCAUCGUGCUAAAAUUGAACUGUCAGGGCAGUAUAUUGGUAAAUUCCAGUGUAAGAUUGGUUAUGGUAAAGUGAUGCCCACUACAAGAGUUUGGGUUGGUGGAUUAGGACAUUGGACGUCAGUAACUCAGCUUACACAGGAAUUUGACCGGUUUGGUGCUAUUAAAAAGAUUGAGUAUGUGAAGGGUGAGAAUCAUGCUUAUAUAUUGUAUGAAAGCCUUGAUGCUGCACAGGCAGCUGUGAAGGAAAUGCGUGGCUCACCAUUAGGUGGACCUGACAAAAGGCUAAGAACUGAUUUUGCUGAAGUGAACCCUCCUCCAGGGACUUUCCCUCCUGGUUUCAAAAAGGAAUAUGAAGGUGAAUAUCGUGAAGACUGGGCCACUGGUGGCCGUGGUGGUGGAUAUGAAGAAUAUGGUACUGAAUAUGGUGCUGCAUAUGGAAGAGGCCGUGGACGUGGCCGUGGUUGGCAUGAACGUGGACGUGGUGGACAUCGGGGUGGAUACCACGGUGAUUACCAGCGGGGAGAUUACCGGGACUACGAUGGUACAUCUGAAGGUGGAGACCACCCUAAUAGAAGUCCUGAACCAGGAGAAGGUGGUGACACCAAUGGUUUAAGUGGUGCUCGUGCCUUAGCAGAUGUUGCUCGAAAGACACAGACUUCUUGGCAAGGGGCACUUAUUCUUAAAAAUUCGUCAUUUGGUACAAAGAUGCAUCUCAUUGAAGGUGACACUGAAGUGGCAGAGAUGAUGCAAGAUGAAGAAGGACGGCCACUCCUUAGAAUCACUCAGCGUCUUCGUUUGGAUCAGUCACGCCUUGAUGAUGUCAGCCGACGAAUUAGUGCACCCUCUACGGCUACUAUAUUGUUGUCUUUACCCAGUACUACUGCACCUCAAGCUCCUGAGGAAGCUGCUGUCCAAACACGCCCUCUGCGGAACCUAGUAGCAUAUCUUAAACAGAAAGAAGCUGCUGGUGUAAUCACCUUGAAUGCUAGCAAUAAGGAAGGAAGCAUGCAAGGUGUGCUCUAUGCAUUCCCCCCAUGUGCUUUUUCACUUGACCUUUUACACCGCGUCUCCCCAGGACUGACGGAGGAGACCACUAGAGAUGAUCACUUAGUUAUUGUCAUUGUGCGUGGAACAGCAGCUUAAACUUAACUAGUACAGUAUAUACCUUACAGUAAAUAUUGUUACAAUACAUUGAAACUAUUAUUGUUAAUUACCAGUGUAAUUUGUGCUAAGUGACAAGUUACAGUUUUAUUCGUGUGCUUGAACAAAUACUGCCUUAUAUAUAGUGAAUUAUGUUUAGUAGAUAAUAUUCACAUGGAAUGUUUUUCCAUGGUUACACUUAGAAAGUUUUACUUUGUGUUUGAUAUACUGUACUGUACUCCAAAUGAAAUGUGACUUAACAGAUGUGUAGUUAAACUGUUAAUUUAAAGACGCCAAAAAAAUGCUGUUUAGGCUAAUGUUUCAACGAGGAAAUUUUGUUAACUAUGAAUUAAGUGAAAAUUUUUGCUUCAUGUGUGCAAUCUUCAGCCAUAAGUGUAGUGCUAAUUUUAUAUAAAUAUCAAGUGAAAUAUUAUCAGUGUUUAUUUGUGCAUGUGAACCCAUUUUUUACAGUGUGGUGAAUAUUAGUGAGUGUUGAAAGUGAAAUUUGCCCUGGAUAUCCUCAAGCUUUUUUUUUUUU